AUGCCAAGGAGAAAAAUAAUUCCUAAAGCCGUAACUUGGCUUAGCGAAGAAAUAUUGCCUGAACAAGGAUUAAGUAAUUCCUUUCAUUACUACCAGAAAUUUCAAUUUAAGGACAUAAUUGCCGAAGUAGGUGAUUUUGUUCUGGUAUCUAAUGCAGAUGCAGCUGAACCUGAUACUGAAGGAGGAUGUGAUGCUGCUAGAAUUCUUUCACUCUAUGAAGACAGGUCUAACAACAAUGACCCGUUUAGAGCCAAAGUCCAAUGGUAUUCCAGGCCUUGUGAUUUGCCUAAGGAGUGUCUUAAUAACUGUGAUGGUAUUAGCUUUAAAAAUAGAGAGGUACUAGAAGAUCAUCGGCCAUUUGACACUGAUAUAUCAAUUGAAACAAUUUUCAAAAAGUGGCACAUAGUAUUUACUGUUACCAACGAUUCCUAUGAUAUAUUAUAUCCUUGUCAGUAUGUCUGCCGGUACAGGCUUAUGCCCAUUGGUAGAAGAAAGUUCAAUAUUGAGCCAGUACUUGAAGAAGAAAGGAAAGCCAUACAACUUUUAGCUACUCCUAGUAAAAAUAUUAAUUCUCCAAAACCUAUAACUCCUAAAACACCUAGUACCUUAGUUAAAAGAAUGAGUAGAGUUUCAAUAUCAGAGAAAAAUUGGAGUGUCACUAAAAAUGAUGGGACAAAGCUUUUACUUAAAAGAGCUAUAUUGGCUGACAAAAAUGAUAAAGAUUCCCCAAAAAAGCUUACACCAAGAAGUUUGAAAACGACAUCAGCUGUUGAAACUCCAAAAAGUUCUAAAAAACUAAAUCAAAAUAAUCUUGAAGAAAUAUUAUCAAUGGAAUUAAAAGAAAAUUCAGAUGAUGAACUACCAACAUUGAUUAUAAGACAACACACACCUUCCACACCUAAACGUAAGACACCUCUGCGAAAAAUAAGUGAUGAAACUCCAAAGAAAAUGUUAGUUUUUGAAGAUGAUGACGUGGAUAAAGAAAUAUAUGCAACAAGAUCAGGAAGAGUUACAAGAAAUCCUAGGUAUCAUGAAGAAAAUGUGUCUCCUGUUAAACAAACUUCAAGAAGAACUCGUAAAGAGAGUAUGGCAGAUAGUGAAGAAGAUAUCAAAAUUCCUAAAACACCAAAAGUUCCCAAGACUCCUAGGACUCCUAGAACUCCUAGGACACCCAAAACUAGAACUUCUGUAGUUAAAACACCUAGAAGUGUGUCUAAAAGAAUUCUAACCAGUGAACUCACACCAACUUUACAUAAUAGAGCUCAUUCAGUUGACAAUAUUGAUGAAUUUUUAUCAGAAAACAAGUCAUUACCAGGAAGAGAGAACCAAAUGCAUGAGAUUUUAUCAUUUGUUAGAAGUAAGCUGUUGCAUGGAAUGAGUGGGUGUAUGUACAUAUCAGGUGUCCCCGGGACUGGAAAAACUGCCACAGUGAAUACAGCCCUGAAAGUGUUGAAGGAAGAGCCAGAUUUACCUGAAUUCCAGCUUGUUGAAGUGAAUGGCAUGAGAAUAGCUGAGCCUAGACAGGCUUAUGUACAGAUAUAUAAACAGCUUACUGGCAAGUCAGUAGUAUGGGAGCAAGCAUGUUCACUUUUAGAGAAGCGUUUUACAAAUCCUGGACCAAGAAGGACACCAACUGUGCUAGUUGUUGAUGAGCUGGACGCGCUAUGUAACCGUCGGCAAGACGUGCUGUACAGCAUCAUGGAGUGGGCGGCUCACGCCACGGCGUUGCUGACGGUGCUCGCGGUCGCCAACACCAUGGACCUACCGGAGCGGGCGCUUGCGGCGCGCGUGGCCUCCCGACUUGGCCUCACGCGUCUCACCUUCCCGCCCUACUCGCACACACAGUUGCAGUGCAUCGUGGCCACGAGACUUGCUGGUGCCAAUGUGACUGCUGAUGCUGUUCAGCUGAUCGCUAGGAAAGUAGCAGCAGUAUCCGGAGACGCGCGUCGUGCGUUAGCCCUCUGCGCGCGCGCUCUGGAGAUAGCCGGGUCCGAGUGCGCAGGGCUGGGGACAGUGCAGCAGGCUCUGGGUGAAGCGGCCUCCAGUGCGGCCGUCAGGGCUAUACGCAACUGUUCACCGGCUGAACGGUUGAUGUUGAGGGCUGUGGCUGCUGAGGUGGAAAGAACAGGAACAGACGAAACAACCUUGUCCCGAGCUCUAUCUACUGCAGCAGCCAUCGUCGCGUUGGACGGUCGACCCUACAGAUCUGCACCAAGUAUCCGAGCACCGACACCCUCACAAGCCCACACUAUAUGCGCCAGAUUGGCAACCAUCAAGCUACUCUUAAUGGAACCAAAACCUUCGGAACCAAGGCUACUCCUAAAUGUUAGUGCUGAUGAUGUCCAUUACGCUACUAAACAAAUAAGUGUU